UUUUUAUCAGGUGCAGUAUCAUGGCAGAUCUAGUUAAUGGUGAGACUGAAUCUCUGCUGUCUCAGAAAACACAUUUUCAUGCAGAUUCUGUUGAAUGGUGCCCUUUUGGGGGUUAUUCUGAAUUCUUUGUAUGUGGUACUUACCAGCUAGAUGAAGAUCAUUCCAUGUCUGAAGAUGAACAGAUUAGGCAAGGGAAUAUAACUCUGUACAGAAUUGCAAUGGAUCGUUCAAUAGAAAACUUCUGUCUCACUGAGAUAAGUGUGAUAGAUACAGGUGGUAUAUUAGAUAUAAAAUGGUGCCCACAGUUUAUGAGUAAUAGUGCUGUGUUUGCUGCUGCUUGCAGUGAUGGUCAGAUACGGCUGCUGAAAAUGUGUAACGAAAAUGAGUUGAUGACCUUAUCUCCUCUAUGUAGCCAAAACCUUGCAACUGUAAAGGGAAAAAUGUUGUUAUCCAUUGACUGGUCAAAUGAAAAUGAAAGAUCUUGGGGAAUUAUAACAUCAGACACUUUUGGAUGUUUAAAUUAUUUGCAUGUGAAAGGAGGAGAACUGAUUUUACAGGAAACAUGGAAGGCUCACGACUUUGAAUCAUGGAUAGCUUCUUUUGAUUAUAAUCAAUCACAUGUAGUAUUUUCAGGUGGUGAUGAUUGUUGCCUAAAAUGUUGGGAUAUGAGAAGUUUAACAUCACCGAUUUUCACGAGUAAAAGGCAUUCCAUGGGUGUUACUGCUAUCUCAAAAAGUAAAAGAAAACAAUAUUUACUAGCUACGGGAAGUUAUGAUGAAAAUGUCUUUCUUUGGGAUACAAGAUCCAUGAAGUCUCCACUUUCUGAAGUUUGUCUUAAUGGUGGUAUUUGGAGAUUGAAAUGGCAUCCAUAUGAAUCUGAAUUCUUAUUAUCAGCUUCAAUGCAUAAUGGAUUCCAUGUUCUUUCUACUAAAAAUGAUGAACUUUUCAAAUAGUAACCUCUUAUUCUAAACACAGUUCUCUUGCAUAUGGUGUGGACUGGUGUUAUAUAUCUGAGAUGUCUGCUAUAACAGAAGAGGAACUGAAAAUAGCAACGAAAUUGAAGAGUACAAAUAUAAGGAAUUUAAUAGCUUCUUGCU